AUGUCUCAAAAGAAAUUAAAUCAAGAAAUUGAUAAACUUUUGAAAAAGGUUAAAGAAGGUUUAGAAGAAUUUGAUAUUAUUUAUGAUAAAUUUCAAAUUACAGAUCCUCAAAAUACUUCAUAUAGAGAAAAAUUAGAAAGUGAUUUAAAGAGAGAAAUUAAAAAAUUACAAAAACAUAGAGAACAAAUAAAGACAUGGAUUAGUAAAGAAGAUGUUAAAGAUAAAGCAUCAAUUCUAUUAGAACACAGACGACUUGUUGAAAAUGAUAUGGAAAGAUUUAAAACAAUUGAAAAAUUAAUGAAGACAAAACAAUUUUCAAAAGAAGCUUUAUCAAACCCUGAUAUUAUAUUAGAUCCAAGAGACGCUCAUAAAAAUACUCAAAUGCAAUUCAUACAGGAUUCUUUAAAUGAGUUACAAAAACAAACUGAAAUAUAUGAAGGUCAAUUAGAAGCGAAUAAUAAUGGUGAUGGUGAUCUUGAUGAAGAUGAUGUUUCAUCUGUUGAAUUUCAAAUUGAAAGACAUGAGUUUCAUAUUGCAAAUUUAGAAAAUAUUUUAAAAUUAUUACAAAAUAAUGAGAUGGAUCCAAAGAAAGUUGAUGAAUUUCAAGAAGAUAUUACUUAUUAUGUUGAAAAUAAUGAUGAUCCAGAUUUUGUUGAAUAUGAUACAUUAUAUGAAGAUAUGGGUUGUGAAGUAUCUACUAGUGGUGUAUCAAAGACAAAUAAUGAUACUGCUAAUGUAGAUGAAUCGGCGGCAUCAGCAGCAGCAACAACAGCAGCAACAAGUGGUCCUGCUGCCACUACUACCACUUCAACGGCUACUACCACUACCACUUCAAAUGCUAAAAUUGGUGAACCAGUAUCCUCUAUCACUUCAACAGCAAAAUCAGAAAAGUCACCAAGAAAGAAGAAGCAAGUAUUAAAGGGUUUUACUAGUAAUGCAUCAACAUUAAGUAAACUAGAUGCCGAUAAAACGAAUUCAACUACAAAUCUAAAUGGUGAAUCGCAUUUAUCUACCGUAGAGUCAUCAACAUCAACUGUAAAAUCUAAAGAAGUGGUAAAGGAUCAACUAGAAUUGGAAUUUCCAAAGGAUAGGUCAGAAGAAAUUGAAAAACAAUUGCAAAAGGAUAUUGAAAGUAAUGAUGCUUUCAAAAAUCCUUUGUUUAGUGAAGAAUUGAAAUAUUGGUUAAAAUCAAAGAGAGCUUUAUUGCAACCUCAUCAAGAUAUGCCAUCUACAAUGCUCCAACAAUUAGAAUCAUCAUUAUUGAAUUGUCCCGAUUCAUUAGACGCGGAUUCUCCAUAUUUAUACAAAAAACCAUUAUCAUUACCUCACCCAACAUCCAUUUUCUUCCCUAGUGAACCAAUUAGAUUCACUCAUCAAGUUGAAGUUAAACCAAUAACAAACAAUUCCAGUGAUAAUGAACCUCAAAGUAAAGCAAUUUCGGAUACUAAAGAUAACACUAAUAAUAAUGAUGAUAACACUAAAACUAAUAAUAAUAGCAAUGUUAAUGAAAAUAAUAUCCGUAGAUUGAAAAAUGCAGAAUUACAAGCUAACGAUAUCUACUCAAACACAUCAAUGGCAAAAAUUUUAACCAAAUUCGAUCUUGAUACUUUAUUUUUCAUAUUUUAUCAUUAUCAAGGUACAUAUGAACAAUUUCUUUCAGCAAGAGAAUUACAUAGAAAUAGAAACUGGGUAUUUAAUAAAGUGGAUCGUUGUUGGUAUUACAAAGAAAUUGAAAAAUUACCUCCAGGAAUGAAUAGAUCUGAAGAAGAAUCAUGGAGAUAUUUCGAUUACAAAAAGAGUUGGUUAUCUAGAAGAUGUGGUCCUGGGUUUAUCUACAAAGAAGAAGAAUUUGAAAAAUUAUAA